AUGGUACUUACGUUUCUCAAGCUUCCUCCUGAGAUCAGAAUGAUGAUCUACGACCACCUUGUUGUUGAAAAGUCGAGGGGUUUGACACCUCACUGCAAGGGUGGACUUAAAGAUUGGGACUACUCUCGCAACAGCAUCUUUAAUAUCUCUCGGCAUGAACGACUCCCAAGCCAUGGGCGUUCUAUGCUGGCAUCAUGCCGGCGCGUGAACCAGGAAAUUGAAGACCUGGUUUACAAUGCGAAUGCAUUCUAUUUCUACACACCUCCAGUUGAGAAUGAAAAACUUCAGAUGACCUUCUUGGACACGCUGAGCCUGACAGUCAAGCAGUUUCAGCUCAUCAAGAACGUCUGCCUCGUGGCAAGACCUGACCGCAAAGCAGGACUUAAUUGUGUCGUCGGCUUGAGGGACUUUGGCGACUUCCUCUCUCAACAUAAUUGCCAUUUGGAACAUCUUCUGCUCUCGAUACCAUUCACGUGGGGGAAAGAUCCAGGGAUUUCUGACUGGGCUGCCGAGCUCAUUGAGCAAGGCACGGUCCGAACCAUUGGUCUUCGGUAUUGUCGAGGAUUGACUGGUGACUCGAUCCUGGAAAGUAGACAAGAAAUGUUUUUAAGAAGCUGGGCUAGGAAAUUCGAGCCCGAUGUCAAACAGAUUGCUCGUAUUCGGAAUGGCCGUUCUUGUGGGAUAGGGGAGCGGCUUUAUUGCGACCCUUGCUUCAAUUAUUAUUUGUUGAAGCUGAGAAAUGAGCCAGCGGCAGAUUCCAUUCAGGAACUCGUCCCACUACCACUUCGAUAUGUCGCCAAGGGUGAAGUUCGAUUGUGGAAGGAGUCUAGGAGCCAGCGGAGGUGGGAGAUCGAGCAGGCUGCUUACGAAAAAGAACGAAGCAGCACUAUGGAUAUGGUAGUAUAA